AGUUUAUGUCUAGCAACUCUAAAAACCAAGAACAACUAAUUAUAUAAACAUUCAACAUAAAUCUGUAAACAUGUCAGCCUUUACAAUGACACCAAGUAACGAGUGGUACACAGCAGCUACAACAAAGGCGGUGUUGACCAAUGGGUCUGUUCCAGAGGUUAGUCUGGGUUUAUUUGGCCCCACGGGUUACCAGACGAUUCAAGACAUUGUAGAUCGGUUGAGACUAGGGCUACACCUGACUGCUCUGCCCAUGAACAUCUUAAACAUUUUUGUCUACAUGCAGAGGAACAUGCGCAGUUCUACCUCUACCUACCAUCUGGCCAUGAGUCUUUCUCAGAUCGCGUACAUCCUCGUAAACCUCGUGGUUCCCAUAGGAACGAUGGCUAACUUGUGGACAAACACUUGUUACUUCUGUGUUGUUUACAACUCGAUAUUCAGCCACUUCCUCGCCAUCAGUACCAAUCGUGCGAUGUAUGGAAUCAUUUGUCUUGUAGCUACCGAGAGGUUUUUAGCAAUAGCGUUUCCUUUAAAAUCCAAGUUGUUCCGUGUUUGCAAAACACCUGUAAUCUCUGUUCUCGUUCUUUACUCACUUGUGGUGGUGUCCCAUGUCUAUCUGGCUUUAAGAUAUGAGGUCUAUGAAUCGAAUCUCGGGGUGGGUACAAAUAUCAGUAUAUCCCCUGUUUACUGUGAUGUCACCUCCGAUCCAGUUAAUACGUCCGUUGAUACUGUCUUCGGCAUCGCAAGACAAAAGAAUGGAGGAACUUCGCAAGAAACCCCAUGGAGUCUGUCUGACGGUGUCACGGAUGCAAGUAGUUUUCUCCCCUUAUCAGAGUCGCCCAGGUAUGUUAGUAUUGAUACGAAGUAUCUGCCCCAGAGGUCCGUGUCUGCCCCCCUGUCCCCAUGUUCUACUGUCAGAGCUGAGACCGUUACCUCAAGAACAGGUGAGACUGUUUGGUCCUCGCGAUACACCAGCACGUACCUGGCCAACCCCAGUGUCUUUGCGAUGUGGUCAGUGAUGGCGGGUGUGGUGUGGGUGUACAUCGCAGUGCUGCUGGGGCUGCUGACAGACAUCCUGCUUGUCGCCAUCCUCCUGCGUCACAGCCGCCAGCGUAGCGCCAUCACCACCAGCGACAGCGACAAGCGAGACAGACAGGUCCGGCAGACGACACUGACGGUUCUGACCUCCAGUCUAGUCUUCGUGGUCCUCAGUCUGCUUCCUGUCAGCAAUGCACUGGCCAACUCUCUGGUUCCCUCCUACGGAUACACCUCCAACCUUCGCUACACCUUCAUGUCCGUCCACGCCCUGGGCCAGCUGUCCUUCAGCAUCAGUCUGUGUACUGACCUCCUCACCUUCCUCGUCCUCAGCUCCUCUUAUCGUACAACACUCGUAAAGAUGAUUGCUCGCGUAUUCCAACAUCACAAAGGAAAGGAAUCUCAAUCAAAACACAGUAAAGGGUACCUUAUGGAAAGUAGGAGCAUGGGUACCGAGAUCCAAACACUCUCCGGGUUUACUCAAGCGACAAUGAGCAUGUCACUGUCUCUCUCCCCCACAAAAGACUAAAUGAAAAUUAAUAUUUUAUUGCGCGACAAAGCAGCGAGCUCCUCUAUCUUAUUAUCACUAUUAGGUUAGCCAAUGCGCCUGCCAAUUUUUUUAAUUUAUUAUUUUAAUUAUAUCAGAACGGCUUUGAAAUGUUUAUUAAAUGUUAGAAACCACUCGAUGACAAUCAUUUAGAUGAACCUUUUUCAUAAAAGUGCCGCCAAAGGUAUUAACCUGUACGUUUGACCAAUCACGUGAGUGUCAUGCAAUGCAGGGAUAAAUAAAGAUAUUAAGACUCGUGUUUGGAAAAACUUCAUCAGUCUCUAGAUUAUAUGUGACUAUAUAUAUAAUCUUAAAAAAAUUACCCUGCAUAGUGAUAAUUGCAUGACUUUUAAGAGCGGUUUACGUAUUAUUACAUAAAGAAAAUAUCUGCUUCACCAUGUGUACGGACAGUCUAAUGACCUCGC